AUGUCGUCAGACAUCAACCCCUCACCCCCACCUCCGACGAUGGACUUCUCAAAUCCGCCAAAUUACACAUUCCCGACCCAUCGCCUUGCCCGUUUCCUGCGAAACCCCGACAAGCAACCGGUCGUCCUCGUCGCCUGCGGCUCCUUCAGCCCAGUCACCUACCUCCACCUACGAAUGUUUGAGAUGGCCAAAGACUACGUCCGCCAAAACACCGACUGGGAGAUCGUUGGCGGGUACCUGAGUCCCGUCUCAGACCAGUACAAGAAGCCCGGGCUUCUCAACGCCCAACACAGAGUAACCAUGUGCAACCUGGCGGCUGACCUGACUUCAACAUGGCUCAUGGUAGACCCCUGGGAAGCCUUUCAGUCUUAUCAGCGCACGGCCGUCGUCCUCGACCACUUCGACUACGAGAUCAACACCCGCCUCGGCGGCAUCCCGCUUGCCGAUGGCUCCCUAACCAAAAAGCCUGCGCGAAUCAUGCUCCUCGCCGGCUCGGACCUCAUUGCGACCAUGUCCGAGCCCGGAGUGUGGUCUGAGCCUGAUUUGGACCACAUACUCGGCCGCUACGGGGUGCUCAUCAUCGAGCGCGCUGGUGCAGACAUGGACCAGGCUAUCGACGCGCUGUCCCGCUGGCGGCACAAUAUCCAUCUCAUUCACCAGCUUGUCCAGAACGACGUGUCGUCGACCAAGGUCCGGCUGUUCCUCCGCCGCGGGCUGAGCGUUCGCUACCUCCUCCCAUCGCCCGUCGUCGACUACAUCGAGCAGCACGGACUUUACAUGGACGACGGGCCGACGGCGUCUGCUGCUGCUGGGGCAGUGCAGAGCGAGAAGGAGAAGGGCAAGGAGAAGGAGGGGGCGGACUCAUCGUCGAAUGCGGCGUGCUAG